AUGCUUUAGUCUUCCUGUUUUAGCUCAGAAAGCACAGGGAAUAUACCCCCACCUGUGAACCCUUGAAGCACAUCUGCAGAGUAGGUUGUCAGAGCUCGAAAGAUUCAAUAUAUGCAAGUGUCAUAAUCAAAUACCUGGCAAUAAUUUAAUCCUAAGUAAAACCUAAGCAAAAAGGUAAAGAGAAUCUUGAGGAAUCAAAUCCUAUGAUAAAAUCAAACUUAAUUGCGGGGAGAGCGAAUCCCAAACGUAACAGCAAGGAGAGAAGACAACACAGCAGCUCACCGUAGGCUAUUGACACGACCCGAGUACGUAUUCCAUCGGUCAAAGAGAAGAAACAAGUCCUCAGGAUCAGUAUCCCAUGGAAGUGUGUCACAGGCCACAUGGGUUUGCAGCAUCAGUGGCAGUACUUGCUGCAGAUGAUUGCGGAGAGGGAGGAGGAGGAGUGAGAACUCAAAGCUAGAAGUUGAAGCUCACAUGGCCUCACAUCUAUCCUCCCGCUGCAGACAGAAACACACACACGUCCAACACCAGGCAGAAUCUUCUGAACCCCUUCAUUUCUUUCACUUGUGUCUCUCAUCAGGCCCUCCAACUUUUCCUCUCUAUUCUUGAUGAUGCCAACCUACUCCAGCAGAUGAUACAAAACACUGACUCUCUCUCUCUCUCUCUCUAUCUCUCUCUCCGAUUAAUCAAAGAAAGAGGAGAAGAAAACAUGCAUACCUUGAGUCUAUAAAAGCGCAACCUUUCUGACACCUCAUCAAGGAGAAGGUUUGGUGGUGAGCUCCUUGUAGGAAGAGAGGAAUGGCACUGGAAGCUGCGGCUUUCCGUCAAGGCCUCUUUGGCUAUGCUUUCGAUGAGUGGUGUGCCACCGCCGCCGGAGGAGGAGGAGGAGGAGGAGCAUGGGGCAGUGGCUUGGGAGGACUGCUUGAGGCCGAGAAAAGGAUGGGCGGUGGCGGGGAUGGGACUUGGGAUCCCUCCUCCUGCUCCUCCUCCUUGGCACAACACCUGCAGGAGUGGAAGGCGAAUUCCCCGUCGACGAAGGUGGGCGGCCGGAGGAAGAGGCGGCGGGCGAAGAGCGUCAAGAACAAAGAGGAGGUGGAGAGCCAGAGGAUGACCCACAUCGCCGUGGAGCGCAACCGCCGCAGGCAAAUGAACGAGUACCUGGCCGUGCUCCGCUCUCUCAUGCCCUCUUCCUUCGUCCAAAGGGGUGAUCAAGCAUCGAUCGUCGGCGGCGCAAUAAACUACGUCAAAGAACUCGAGCAGCUCCUUCGAUCACUGGAACUGCGGAAGCGACUCGAGCAACGAGCGGGUGCAGCCGGCGUCGCCUCCGCCUUUGCCGACUGCUUUAGCUUCCCCCAGUACGCCUCCUACUCAGCCAAUGGGGGCGCCACCGACAGCAGCAGCAGCAGCAGCAGCAGCAACAACGACAAGAAGAAUCACGGCGUCACCGGCGCUGACACUGCCUUUGGGAACAGCGGCGAGGUCGAGAACCGAGCAGCCACCGCGAACAUCGAGGUGACGGUGGUGGAGAGCCAUGCGAGCCUGAAGGUGCUCUCGAGGCGGCGGCCGAAGCAGCUGGUGAAGUUGGUGGUGGGGCUGCAGAGCCUGCGGCUGAUGCCGCUGCACCUCAACGUCACCUCCCUCGAUCAGAUGGUCUUGUACGCCUUCAGUCUCAAGGUGGAAGAUGAUUGCCAACAUACAUCAGUGGAUGAGAUAGCAACAGCAGUCCAUCAGAUGUUGUGCAGGAUCGAAGAGGAGGAGACAUACCUUUAGACGACUCCAUUUGCUUGCCACCAUAUAGGAGCCUCUCAUAUGAUUUAGAAUCUUGUACUUGUAGGACAGAGCUGUUGAUCUCAGUUACUUGGGACUUCUGCAUUUGAUGAUGAUAACCUGAGUGCUUUGCUGAUCUGCUUGCCAAAAAAAUAUCAACAUAAG